UCUCACAUGACUCAUCUCUCUCUCUCUCUCUCUCUCAACUUUCAAUCACAAUUCAAUCACCAUCAUUCAUUCUAUCAUCACAUGCCCCACCACACCAUUCAUCAACGGUCACAAACCAUCUUCUUCCUUUCGGCCACUUUCAUUACCAUAGAGACCCACCAACACACUCACUCAACAUGUCCCUGCAACCCUCAAAGCAAUGAACUGAGUGAGACAGAAACACACUCACACAACACAACUAUACACUCUUUUCUAACUUUUCCUUUUUCUCCUCAAACAAAGUGAACAAAGUCAGAUAUAUCAUUAUGGUUUCUCGUACCCACAAAUCAUUUUAUAUUCCCACACUUAUAGACCAAACAAUUGAAAACAACACCAAAAAAACAUAUUCCAACGUUAAAUACCAUUAACUAAUGUUCUAACCUCAUUUCACAACCUUUCUACACUAAGGUAGUAACUUCUGUGAUGGAGGAGAGACCUGAAACAGAACUGAUAUCAAUACCUGCGACACCAAGAGUGUCCACACCUGAGAUACUGACACCGUCAGGACAAAGGUCACCGAGACAGGGAUCAAAGGAAGCUAAAUCAUCAAAUGCAUGGACACCAACAUCUUUUAUUUCGCCAAGGUUUUUGAGUCCUAUAGGGACACCAAUGAAAAGGGUUCUUAUAAAUAUGAAGGGUUAUUUGGAGGAAGUUGGUCAUUUGACAAAGCUUAACCCUCAAGAUGCUUGGCUUCCAAUCACUGAGUCUCGUAAUGGAAAUGCUCAUUACUCUACUUUUCAUAAUCUCAAUGCUGGUGUUGGUUUUCAGGCUCUUGUUUUGCCUGUUGCUUUUGCUUAUCUUGGCUGGAGUUGGGGAAUUAUUUCCCUAACCGUGGCAUAUUGUUGGCAACUUUAUACCUUAUGGAUUUUGGUUCAGUUGCAUGAAGCAGUUCCAGGUAAAAGGUACAACAGAUAUGUGGAGCUAGCACAAGCAGCAUUUGGAGAAAGAUUAGGAGUAUGGCUUGCACUUUUCCCGACUGUUUAUUUAUCAGCAGGAACUGCAACUGCGUUGAUUCUUGUCGGAGGGGAAACCAUGAAACUGUUUUUCCAAAUAGUUUGUGGUCCAACAUGCACCUCAAAUCCUUUAACCACAGUGGAGUGGUACCUUGUUUUCACUUCUCUAUCUAUCGUUCUUUCUCAGCUUCCGAACCUCAAUUCAAUUGCAGGACUUUCACUAAUAGGAGCUGUUACAGCCAUUACUUACUCCACCAUGGUUUGGGUUCUUUCCGUGAGCCAACAAAGACCACCCUCUAUCUCUUACGAACCUUUAUCGCUGGCUUCGCCUUCGUCUUCAUUAUUUCUCGCCUUGAAUGCACUUGGAAUUAUAGCAUUUUCUUUCAGAGGACACAAUUUGGUCCUAGAAAUUCAGGCCACAAUGCCUUCGACGUUUAAGCACCCGGCUCGUGUGCCUAUGUGGAAAGGAGCCAAGGUUGCUUAUUUCUUCAUUGCAAUGUGCUUAUUCCCUAUGGCCAUUGGAGGCUUUUGGGCCUAUGGGAACCAAAUGCCUAAUGGAGGGAUUUUGACAGCUCUAUAUGCAUUUCACAGUCAUGACAUUUCAAGAGGAAUUCUGGCCUUAACUUUCCUUCUUGUAGUGUUCAGCUGUUUGAGCAGUUUUCAGAUAUACUCAAUGCCUGCUUUUGACAGUUUUGAAGCCGGAUACACCAGUCGAACGAACCGUCCUUGCUCGAUAUGGGUUCGGUCAGGUUUUAGAGUUUUCUUCGGAUUUGUCUCCUUUUUCAUAGGAGUGGCACUUCCUUUCCUCUCGAGUCUUGCUGGUUUGUUAGGAGGACUCACUCUUCCGGUCACUUUUGCAUAUCCUUGCUUCAUGUGGGUUCUUAUUAAGCAGCCGACGAAAUAUAGCUUCAGUUGGUAUUUCAAUUGGAUUCUUGGUUGGUUAGGAGUUGCUUUUAGCUUGGCCUUUUCUAUUGGAGGUAUUUGGAGCAUGGUUAAUGAUGGACUCAAAUUGAAAUUCUUCAAGCCUAAUUAAGUGUGAGAUUGUCAGAAUCACCGCUGUGAUUAUUUCGAACUUGGUUCCUAUACAAACAUUCAUUAAGUUUUGAUUAUGUCAUGCAAAUGUAUCAGAUGAUGGCUAGAUGCACUAUAUUAUGCUCAGAAUGAAUGGUCUGAAAGUUAGAGCAUGUUUUAUUUUUCAGUGAUCUAGCUUUGAAGCUUUGUUAUGUUUAUGUUUAGAAUGUAAAAUAAUGAUUGUGUAUUCAUAUUUGUUGAGACCUUUAAACGAAAGUCACUGGUCUAAUGUUUCAAUUUGUAAGCUCUGAGUUUCAGAAA